CUCAGCAUAUCUAAAGGUGAAUAGAUUUCCAACAAUUCUUCGUCAAAGACGUGGUGUGGCAGAUGCCGACGCCUUCGACGAUCGGCAAGGUUGACCGAGAGCUUCUUCCUCUAGACGCUUUAAGGGUAGCCACAGAACCAAAGGAGACGAGUACCGUAGGACAGGGGACUUACGUUGAAUACCCGGGACGACUCUCUUUUGCGGCCGCUUUUUUCAAAGGGGCAUGCUACAACCUUCACUCGCACUGGAAGAUUAUUGCUUUCGGACAAGUUCUGUCAUUCUUGUUGGCUUGCACAGGGGCUGCCCAGGCUACUCUGGCUCUAGACUGCAAACUAUCCGCCCCAACUUUCUCAGUCGGACUUUACUACUUCGGUUUGUCUUUCUUUCUGAUCCCCCUUUUUUGGCAAAGCCAAUGCAAGCAACAACAAAAUCUUGACAUUAGCCACCACUCGAUAGAAGAGGACAACAGCUGUUUUGGCGAGGAUGGGCUGUCAGGAACUUCUUUUCGAACACCUCCCUCCCUCCAUAAUUUUCUAUGGAUAAUCCCUUUGAAAGCACCAGCAUGGGCCUAUCUUUUAAUGGCCAUUAUGGACGUAUACGCCAACUACUUCACAGUCUUGGCCUUUCGAUAUACGACAAUUACUUCUGUUACUCUCUUUGACGCAUUGGCGAUUCCCAGUGCAAUGAUUCUGUCGCGUGCAUUUCUCUCUCGAAAAUAUACUAGCGUACACCUUGCAGGGGUGUCGUGCUGUAUGUUGGGUAUUAUACUCAACAUCAUGCAGGAUUACAGUGAUGAUCAAGUAUCUUCGGAACACGAUCAAUUUCCAAACAAAUUUAAGGGAGAUAUUUUGGCGCUUACCGGUGGAUUACUUUAUGGAGUGAAUAACGUGCUAGGCGAAGUCGCAGUACGGCAGUUCGGAGGCGUACACGAAUAUCUUGGAAUGCUGGGUUUCUUCGCCACUAUUGUUUGCGUGAUCCAAACAACAUUGCUGGAACGAGAGCAAGUAUAUAAAUUCUUGGGACAGGACGACCACAGCGAAACCUGUUCUCAUGCGUUUGCUAGAUGGCUGCUUUUUGCUUUCGUUAUCAGUGGCAUUUUAAGUUACCACGGAGCUUCGUGCUUUUUGCAAGUAUCAGAAGCUACCCUUUUCAAUCUUAGUCUACUGACCGGAGAUUUGUGGAGUGUUGGGUUCAGUGUUAUGGCCGAACGCAUCGUGCCCAAUCGACUGUUUUUCAUUGCGUUGGCAUUCAUUGUCCUCGGAGUUUCUGUUUAUGAAACGGCGCCCUCUCCUGUCCAAGAGGAUAGAGAGGAUUUGAGCCAGGAGGAAGCUUGGCGGGAAGUAGAGACAGACGCAGAAGUGGACCAAGCGGGUCAUAAUUUGGAGUUGACGGCAAAGAGCAUCAGGAUGAGUCUGAUGUAAAGCGAUUUCUAUAGCAUUCAACAUCUUACCCAGUUACACUGAGUCGCUAGGCUUGAGAUUCGAUCAGGACGAAGACUUCUGUUCAUUGUAUUGGUUUUGAACAACCAGCUUAGGAACUUGCUUGAGCAGCUGAAAAAUCGACUCCAAAUGGAGCAACUCUUCUGCUUCAAACCAUUCUCGCGUUGCCUUUUGGAAUUCGAGCUUUGGCAAAGGUUGCUUGGGCAUAGCUGCUAUCUGAAAUGGGUACAAUUUGUGCAAUGGAUCGAAUGUAUCCAACGCCGAUGUGUCAAGGCUCCAAAGUUGCUGAAGCACUCGGAUCGACACAGAAUUCGACUCGGCUGCCAACGACAACAUUCCUCUUCCGUUGCAGUCACGAGAUCUCGCCGCCUCAGGGUACGUGUCGAGUAGUUUGAGAAUCGCACAUUCUUUAGUCAUCGUAUAGGAUUCUGCCGAUUGACCAAGGAACGGGAAAUCCACAGGAGGACGGUUCUCAAUUGCCAACUGUAGCGGGUAUCUGCCUAUGAAAUCCCGACGAGAAGGCUGAUCCAGAUACUGAGCAAUAGCGUACUGGACAACUUCUGACGGCACUUGCAACCCGACAGCAGCAUGCAAAACAGGAUAAUGGUAAGCAUUGUUCAAAGAUCCGUAGAAAGCAGCUCUCAUUAAGUGUUCAACAGUUCUCCAUGCCUGUUGGACAUGUGGUUCAUCUGGUCUAUAGUUCAGUUUGGUACGUUUUUGCCAUUCCUGACAAGCAAGAAUCAACGGCGUCUGACCCGACUUGCUCCGAGUCAAAGCGAUUCCUGGAGCUGUGCGGAGCAAGAGUGCAACUGUUGCUUCUUUAGCCAUACCGCGUUCCAAAGCUUCGUGUAAAGCUGUUUUAUGAACGUGAGGAUCAGUGUCCAGCACUACUUCCGCACUUGUGCAGAAACAGGAUUGUAUCUCUAUAGAUGAUCGAUGUUCAAUAGCUCGUCUCAAUGGAAAUCCAUGAUUUCUAUCUCUCGUUGAAAUGCAGCUCGGAUUUGCUUCGACUAGACAAUUGAUAAUUUUAAACGGGGCUUUGUGAAGAAUCGCCAUAUACAAGGGGCUAGUUCCACAGUUAUCGUUCACGACUCCUUCCGGAUCGGCUGAAACGACGCAAAGUUCAAUGUUGGAUAUAAACUGGUUACACGAGAGUGAAUUGCACAAAGCG